AUGUUUGUCCCAAAAUAUAUCCUCACAUUCUCGCCGCAAAGUCUGUACCCAUUCUCAUUCUUCAAGGAAUGGCUUUCAGUGCUGUUGAGCAGGUUCUCAGCCAGGACAUACCGGAAAAUUGCUCAUACCCUGCCGGCGGUUGAGCUGGAUACUACUCUCCGCGAACUUUACUCUCUGGAUAACCCCCACGGCCAAAACAUUAUCCAAGUCUAUGCCAUACCAUCGGCAACAACACAGAUGACCUCUUCUAUCCCACUUUCAACAAGAUUUGCCUAUCAAUCUCCUAGAGCACUCAAAAUGGACAGUAACGUUUUGGCACGAACAAAUCUGCAAGCUGGGCCUCAAUCGUACGGUUUCGUCUCUGGCAACAUGCCUCUGGUCCUCUUCGACGUCGAUGCCGCUGGAGACGAAGCGGCCCAAGUAGAGCACAUGCUGUCACCGAUAAAAACCCAUCAAGCGGAUGCUCUCAAAGUCUUCGACCAGCUGGCACCGGCCCAACGUCCAGAGCUGCGGUUCGUCUCCUCACCAACCGAAAUCACUACGAGCCCCGAUGACAAAAUUGCUAUUUGGAAUCCAAUGGACUGUCUUAUUCACCUUCCACACUUGUUCGACCCCGAGAAGCAUUACGGUCUUCUGUCAAAGAGAGGACUGGCUGUAUCAGGAAUCCCAACUCCUAAGUCAGAUGUCAUCGAUUGCAACCUACAGCCCGACCAGGUGAACGACGAAAGCCUCUUGAAGGAUGAGGUCGAGCGCAUGAUGAAGCCUAUCAUCGAGCGACCAAUUCCCUUUGUCAUCAAACUUCCGCAAUCUCUUGGUAGUCAAGGCGUCUUCGUGGUUCAAACAGAUGCAGAAAAGCAAGAGGCCAUCGGACUACUGACUGUCGAAGUCAAAAGAAUGAUCAAACAAAUAAACGAGUCGAACAAACACAUGCGACCGGCCAGUCUCGUGCUUCAAGAGACGAUUCCAGGAACAGCUGUAGCGCUAUCUCUGUUCGUCACCAAGAAGGGACGAAGUGUUUUCACGGGCUGUACUGAACAGAUCUUCGAUAACCACGGACAUUGGGAUGGCGGUUGCAUUGAUUAUAAGCAACAAGACAAUCUUCGCAAACAGUACGCCGACAUCGCCCAAGAAAUGGCCACCUACAUGCACCGGAAAGGAUACUACGGACCCUUGGGCGCAGAUGUGAUGACAGAUUUGAAGGGCAAACAGCUCGUCAUCGAUCUGAACGUGCGAGUUCCCACCAGCUAUCCCUUGGGUUUUCUCAAAAAGCACUUUUCGAUUCAGCGAGGCUUCCAUGACGCCGCUCUACUCUACCCACUGGCCCUCAAAGGCACGCGAGAUGACUUCCAGCGCCGGUUUGAGAAAGAGAUCCAAGAAGGUCAGAUUGUCAUUUGUGGGUGGUGCAAUGGUUCGGGAGGCCCAGGUGGGAGAUACAAGUACAGCAUUUCAUCAGUUGCGGUGGGAGGAGAGACUCCAGCUCAUCUACGCCAGAUGAUUGAGAGAAUCAACGUUGAUAGAGUGCACAAGUUGCGCAAAGACCGACACCCCUCUGCGCAUCCACUCAGGGAUUUUCGAGAUAAAAUCAUCGCCUACGUUUCCGCGCGCGCCUUCUCAAAAGCACACGGCUGUGAGCCAGUUCAUCGAAUUCCUCAAUCAGAGCGCAUAAUUGGCUAUGGCUACUUUAAAGAACGAAUGGAGGCUGCCAGGAAUAAAACGCUACUUGAAACCACGCUGAAGCGAUACGAGGAGCACGGCAUGACAUGGUCUUCUACGGCAAUGGGUCGUGUUUUCGUCAACACCAUCGAUCCGGAGAACAUCAAGGCGGUUCUUGCAACGAAUUUUAAUGAUUUUGGACUAGGGCAUCGACUGCACACGUUUGGACCACUAUUAGGAAAAGGCAUCUUUACGACUGAUGGCGCACAUUGGGAGCAUUCCCGUGCACUGGUCCGGCCGAAUUUCUCCAAAGCCCAAAUCCAAGACUUGAAUACCUUCGAAGUCCACAUUAAAGAACUCAUCAGCCUGAUACCCCGCGACGGGUCCACAGUCGAUCUUCAGCCCCUUUUCUUCCGGCUCACCCUAGACAGCGCGACCGAAUUUCUCUUUGGCGAGUCUGUAAACUCAAUGCUUGCACCCCAAGGAUCCGAGCAGCAAAUUUUCGCCAGCGCAUUCGACUACGCGCAAGGCCAAAUCCUCUAUCGACGAAGCCCCCUACGGUUCUUGGCGUUUACUGCGAACAGAAAAUUCGACAAGGCAUGCAAGACUGUGCACGAUUUCGCAGAUAAAUUCGUAUAUAAUGCCUUAGCUCAUCGCGAGAGCGAAGAUGCACAAGAGAAGCCGCCAGGCCGCUACGUCUUCCUGAACGAGCUCGCGAAAGUAACCAACGACCCACGACAACUACGAGACGAGCUCCUAAACAUCCUCCUCGCGGGUCGAGACACCACCGCCAGCCUCCUGAGCAACACAUUCCACGUCCUCGCCCGCCGGCCCGACAUCUGGUCCAAACUCAAAGCCGAAGUCGACGAGCUCAAGGGCGAGAAACCAGACUACGAGACCCUCCGAAACAUGAAAUACGUCAAAAACCUCCUCAACGAAUGCAACGUCACCUACUCCGUCCACGCCAUGCACCGCCUCUCCCCCGCCUACGGCCCCACCGCCCACCUCUUCCGGCCCGACCGCUGGGACACGCUGCGCGUCGGCUGGAACUACCUGCCCUUCAACGGCGGCCCGCGCAUCUGCGUCGGGCAGCAGUUCGCGCUGACGGAGGCCGCGUACGCCGUCGUGCGGCUGUGCCAGGAGUUUGGCGCCGUCGAGGACCGCGACGGCGGGGCGUGGAGGGAGCAGUUUGGGCUGACGACGGCGAGUUUGGAGGGGGUGAGGGUGGGGUUGGUGGGGAGGUGGAUGGAUGGAUAG